CGCCUGCGUCACUUGCAGCGGGGCGCGCAGGGCGGAAGCGGCGCCGCGGUGCUAGGUGAAAAUGAGCCAAGGUGAACACUUAGGUGAGGAAGAGGACAGUGAGCAGUUAUCGGAUUUUACAGAGAACUUCAACCAGCUUGAAUUACUGGAAACGCACAGGCACUUGAUUCCUGUAGGAACUCAGAGUUGUUGGUCAGGACAGUCUGAAGAUGAAGAGGAUGAACAAGAAAAAAGCGAGGAAUGGUAUGAAAUGCAAGAAAAAAAAAUGGAAAAAAAUCCAGAGAAAUUGCUACUCUGGGCUGCUGAAAACAACCGGCUGAGUACAGUGCGAAGGCUUCUUUCCCAAAAGCUAGCUCCAGUUAAUGCUCGUGAUGAAGAUCAAUACACUCCUCUCCAUCGAGCUGCCUAUAGUGGGCAUUUGGACAUUGCACAUGAAUUGGUUGCCCAAGGCGCAGAUGUUCAUGCGUUGACAGUGGAUGGCUGGACACCUCUGCACAGUGCUUGUAAGUGGAAUAAUACAAAAGUGGCUUCAUUCUUACUUCAGCAGGGUGCCGACAUCAAUGCUCAGACAAAUGGAUUGCUGACACCAUUGCAUAUUGCUGCAGGAAACAAAAAUAGUAAACAAACUCUUCUACUUUUACUGAUGAAUCGCUAUGUGAAACCAGAACUGAAAAAUAACUUAGACGAAACUGCUCUUGAUAUUGCUAGGAGGACUGAUGUAUAUCACUAUCUUUUUGAAAUAGUAGAAGACUGCAUAAAUUGUGUAUCAAAUUCUUAAAAGUUGUAAAAGCUUGUAAAUCUGAGUUUUACUUCCUCUUGAUUGUAAUACAGGACUCUGUGCUCAGCAGUGGUAGUCUGUCCGUUCUUAACAAGGAUUUAAUUGGAGAUAUGUUAAUAUUCUUAUAAAUCAAAAUGUCUUUUUUUCUGCAGUUUAGCUACAGUAGCCUCACACUUUGAAGUGUGAUCACUGUUAUUCAUGGUAUUCAGAAAGUUUCAGUGAAUUUAGUAGUUUUGUUAGAGAAAUACUGUGAGAAAAACCUUGCAAAUAGUUAACAAGACUCAAGGACAAGGGGGAGAGAAAAACAGUACUGCAAAGGAUAACCAGCUCCGGCUAAAGAACCUUGAUGAAACCACAGCGCUUUGAAGAAUGUGAGGGGUAGGUAAGACAAAAACAGCAGAAUAACCCAGAAGUGACCUUAGGUUCAUUAAGGCUUAUUAACAUAUUAAACUACACACCCCUAAAUGAAUAAUGAGAUGGAAAUGGCAUGAUAAUGAUGUUACCGCCUCUUCUUCGCUUCAUAUGGUAAUUAACAAGAAUGUGAAAGCGCAAGCGCAGAGCAAUUACCUGAUGUAAUGAAACUGUAACCAAUAGAAAGAUUUGUAUAAAAUACUCCCUAAAAAGUGUGUAUAAAUCAAGAAUGAGAGAGGGAGAAGGAGUGCUAGCUUUGUGGAUUUACCACCUAGCACCCAUCUCUGCGCAGAAAUGAAAUAAACCAAUAUCUCGACCCUGUGUGUCUAUUGGUUGCUUGCACACCGGGUAACAGAACCCAGAUUUUGGGACAGCAGUUUCAGUGAGUCUUCACUUACCUAGUGCAAAUUUAGAGGGACCUACUGUAAUUAAUCCCAAACAGUAAUGUCUUUUAAAGCAGGAGGGAAAACUAGAAUAUUUACUUCAUGUGAAAAAAAUUGUCUUGGUUAUGCCAACUUUAUUAAAGCUCAUUUGGAACUUAA